AUGAAUGUCUGGGGGUGGUGUGUAAAAGCCCAGACUGACCUGUAUUCAUGGGGACAGACUGGCCCACAGGGCUGCCGUCCUGGUAGCCAGGUGAGGCUGGGCAGCGGGGACCCACUGCCCUCGCCUCGCGCGGUCCACCCCCGCGAAGCCUGUGACCGCGACGGCCACUUUGAUACCACAAGAUUGCUGAGGAGACAGAGGGUGGAGGUUCAGGAGACAGGAGGGUGGAGGCAGGGCGACAGAGGUGGAGGUUUCAGGAGACAGAGGGUGGAGGUCAGGCGACAGAGGGUGGAGUCAGGAGGACAGGAGGGUGGAGGUCAGGAGACAGAGGGUGGAGGUCAGGCGCCAGAGGGUGGAGGUCAGGAGACUGAGGGGUGGUGGUCAGGCGACAGAGGGUGGAGGUCAGCGGAAGAGGGUGGAUGGUCAGGCGACAGAGGGUGGAGUCAGGCACAGAGGGUGGAGGUCAGGAGACAGAGGGAUGGAGGUCAGGAGACAGAGGGUGGUGGUCAGGCGACAGAGGGUGGAGGCGCAGAGGGUGGAGUCAGGAGGGACAGUGGGUGGAGGUCAGGCGACAGAGGUUGGAGGUCAGGCGGACAGAGGGUGGAGGUCAGCGACAGAGGGUGGAGGUCAGGAGACAGAGGUGGAGGUCAAGAGACAGAGGGUGGAGGUAGGAGACAGAGGGUGGAGGUCAGGCGACAGAGGGUGGAGGUCAGGAGACAGAGGGUGGAGGUCAUGAGACAGAGGGUGGAGGUCAGGAGACAGAGGGUGGAGGUCAGGGAGACAGUGGGUGGAGGUCUGGGGACAGAGGGUGGAGGGCAGGAGUCAGAGGGUGGAGGUAGGCAGACAGAGGGUGGAGGUCAGGCGCACAGAGGGGGGAGGUCAGGAGACAGAGGGUGGUGGUCUGGAGGUCAGAGGGUGGAGGUCAUGGAGACAGAGGGUGGAGGUCAGGCGACAGAGGGUGGAGGUCAGAGGACAGAGGGUGGAGGUCAGGAGACAGAGGGUGGAGGCGACCGAGGGUGGGAGGUCAGUCGACCGAGGGGGGAGGUCAGGACGACAGAGGUGGAGGCUCAUGAGAAGAGGGUGGAGGUCAGGAGACGAGGGUGGAGGUCAGGAGACAGAGGGUGGAGUCAGGGUGACAGAGGGUGGAGGUCAGGAGACGAGGCGUGGAGGUCAGGAGACAGCGGGUGGAGGUCAGGCGACAGAGGGUGGAGUGUCAGGAGAAAGUGGGUGGAGGGUCAGGAGACAGAGGUGGAGGUCAGGAGACACGAGGGUGGAGGUCAGGCGACAGAGGGGUGGGCAGGUAAGGAGACAGGGGUGGAGGUCAGGAGACCAGAGGGUGGAGGUAGGAGACAGAGGUGGAGGUCAAGAGACAGAGGGUGGAGGUCAGGAGACAGAGGGUGGAGGUCGGCGACAGAGGGUGGAGGUCAGGCGACAGAGGGGGUGGUCUGGAGACUGAGGGUGGAGGUCAUGAGACUGAGGGUGGGAGGUCAGGAUGACAGAGGGUGGAGGUCAGGAGACAGGGUGGAGGUCAGGGGACAGAGGGUGGAGGUCAGCGAGACAGUGGGUGGAGGUCAGGAGACAGAGGGUGGAGGCUCAGGCGACUGCAGUUGUGGAUGUCAGGAGACAGUGGGUGGAGGUCAGGUGACAGAGGGUGGAGGUCAGGAAGGCAGAGGGUGGACGAGGGUGGAGGUCAGGCGACAGAGGGUGGAGGUCAGUGACAGGGGUGGCGGUCAGGUGACAGAGGGUGGAGGUCAGGAGACAGAGGGUGGAGGCUCAGGAGACAGAGGGGGAGGUCAGGUGCAGAGGGUGGAAGGUCAGGCGACAGUGGCGUGGAGGUCAGGAGACAGAGGGUGGAGGUCAGGGAGACAGAGGGUGGAGGUUCAGGAGACAGAGGGUGGAGGUGGUGUUAGCCUCUUCUACAGAGGGUUAGCUCUUUACAGAUGGGUUAGCACUCCCAGAGGCGCUUAG